ACAUUUAUUGUUGUAGACCAAGAUAAAUUAUUGGACAGCUUGUCAUAUAGUGUUACAAGACAGAAGGAGAUUGCAAUCAAUAUAGGUAGAGAGGCAGAGUCACAAGGUAUAAUGUUGGAUGACUUGAACUCUCAUGUAGACACAACGACAGCAAAACUCAAGAAUGCAACAAGAGGCGUUGUUCGUCUGGCUCAAGAAUCAAGGACAACAGGUCAUUGGAUUUGUAUAUGUAUACUAUUGGUCGUAUUGAUAUUGGUUAGUGCCCUGGCAAUGUCU